UCCCAGCGCUUCCUGUUCACAACCACGUGGGCGCGCUGGGCGCCGCGGGGCAGUGCGGUGGCAUGGCGGGCGGCGGUGGUAGCGCGCAGUGUCUCAGCUUCGCGGGGUGCAACUUCCUACGGCAGCGGCUGGUGCUGUCCACGCUCAGCGGUCGGCCGCUGAAAAUCCGCAAGAUCCGCGCCAAAGAGGAGGACCCCGGUCUCCGCGACUUUGAAGCAUGUUUUAUUCGCCUUAUUGACAAAGUGACAAAUGGCUCUAGGAUUGAGAUAAACCAAACAGGUACUACUUUGUAUUAUCAGCCUGGUCUUCUAUAUGGGGGCUCACUGGAACAUGACUGCAGCCCUAGCCGCAGUAUUGGCUACUACUUAGAAAGUCUUCUCUGUUUGGCACCCUUCAUGAAACAUCCACUGAAGAUUGUCCUGAGGGGAGUAACAAAUGAUCGAGUAGAUCCUUCGGUUGAUGUCCUUAAGGCAACGGCUCUACCACUACUGAAAAAAUUUGGAAUUGAUGGUGAAAGUCUGGAAAUCAAGAUCAGCCGGAGAGGAAUGCCUCCAAAAGGAGGUGGGGAGAUAUUAUUUGCUUGCCCAGUGAGAAAGGUCUUGCAGCCUAUUCAGUUCACUGACCCAGGCAAAAUCAAGCGCAUCAGAGGAACUGCAUAUUCUGUCAGAGUGUCUCCACAGAUGGCAAACAGAAUGGUGGAAUCUGCAAGGAGUGUCCUGAAUAAAUUCCUCCCAGAUAUUUAUAUCUACACAGACCAUAUGAAAGGGGUCAGCUCUGGAAAAUCUCCAGGUUUUGGCAUAUGCCUUAUUGCAGAAACCAUCAAUGGCACUAUUCUCAGUGCUGAGUUAGCCUCAAACCCUCAGGGCCAGGGAGCAGCUGUGCUUCCUGAGGAACUUGGACAGAAUUGUGCUAAGCUGUUGCUUGAGGAGAUAUACAGGGGAGGUUGUGUUGAUUCAACAAACCAGAGCCUUGCUCUGCUGCUCAUGACCCUUGGACAACAAGAUGUUUCCAAAGUCCUGUUAGGACCCCUGUCUCCAUACACAAUUGAGUUUCUGCGACACCUGAGAAGCUUCUUCCAGAUCAUGUUUAAAAUUGAAAUGAAGUCCCCUGAAGAAGAAUGCAAGGGCGGGGAGAAAGUCUUAAUGACAUGUGUUGGCACUGGAUUUUCCAACCUUAGUAAAGCCAUAAGAUAAGAAACUUAUCUGCAAACUUUCCAAAAUGAGAUAUCAGAAAACAUUGCAAAAAUUUGAUAAAAAGUGUCUUCCCCUGUACUUAUUCUGGCACCAGGAAAACCAGUGCAGAGGUACUCAAUCUUACUUCAUGUAAACAAUGAAAUUAUUUCAGGCUGUUUAGACCUGUGUUCUUUUUGAAGAUGCAUUACUGCUGUGCAUGAAAUGACACAUUUUGUGCACCAGCAUCAUUUUAAAAGAGGGAUUAUAGUGGAUGACCACUUUUUGGAUUGACAGGUGCUGGAAGUUCCUUUCAGAAUGUAAAUUCUUACCCAAUAGAAAGUUUUUGAUAGAUUCAGUGCAAACCUGAUGAAGUUAAUACUGAGCUCUUUACAGAAGGAAUGAGGUUUAUGCUUGAUUUCAUAUUAUACUCAGUGUGGAAUAAAACAAAACUGUGUUAGAAGGUGAUAUUCUUAUAGAGCAAGUACCAGUGACUGUGCUACAAUGAUCUUAAAAAUUCUAUCCAGUGCCGCUGAAGUGACUAUGACCUCUAUAAUAUGAAAAGUUUUCAUUGAGCUGAACAAGAACUUUGAUAUUUUUUUUUUUUAAUUAUAAUAUAUUUGAGCAGUGCUUUAUGAACUACUGGAGGCCAUACAUCAUUUUUGUACUGUAUGCCUUUCUUUUUUUACAACCUAUCUAAGCAUAUUUUGAAAAUAUUUUGUCCUAAACAAGGUUUUCUUCCUCUUCAGAAACCAAUGAAGUUUUUCUCAGACCUGUAAGAUGGCACUUCAAAUGAUAAGUGGCUAUUUUGAAGUGUUACGUGGAAAGAACAGUUUAGGGAAGUGUUGGAGGUCAGGCCAUUUUUACCACUUAGUACCUUCCAAAAUUUUUUUUGCAGCAAAUCCCAAGUAAUUCAGGAAAAAGCUAAUUAAUGUUCUUCAACUAUUUUUUAUUUUUCAAAUUAUUGCAGAAAAAAAGUCUCUGGGCAAAGAAUAAUUUCUUGCCUUGCUUCCCAUUGUUACCUGCACAAUAGAAAGCUGGAAACUCUCCAGAUAAAAGUUAUGCUAAAUAUGGGGACCCACUGAUCCAAAAAAUGAAAUGUACAAAGGUGAGAUGAGUAGUUACCGGAAUGAAUGUUUAAAGCCUAUGUUAAUUAGAGGUAAAAUUUUACAGCACAGCUCAGAUUUCUGAAAUAAAUCUAAAUAUACAUUAGGAAGUACUGUCACAGCUUCAAAAGCAAAAAGCUGUAUUCCAAUUAAACUUUGAAAGCUCUUAGCUUUUGAAAUUGUGACAGCAUUUCCAAAUGUUCAUUGUACCAAGCAUAGAAAGGGCGAUGUGUUACCCAGGUAGCAGUACUGCUAAGAGCCCAGGUACCCUUACCAGUAAAGUAGUUAUGUCAUAAAAUUACCCAUGCUUAACUAAACCUCAGUGUUGAAGUUAGGCUGCUAAACCUCAGCCCUGCUGAGAGAAAACAACUAGAUUGCAUAGCUUCAUAACAGACUGCUAGCUAUGACUCAGAAUUGCUGGUUGCUUUACACAGAAAAACACGUGUAUAACAGGAAGAGGUCUUCCAGAACAGCCAGUCUCUGGAGAAACAGGAACAAUUCCAAAAGAAGUUUAGCUAAGAGCUUCCUUAAAAAUUAUUUGAUCUUUAAGUUGUGUGAAAAAUACUUACGAUAUAAGUAUGCUAUAGAUAAGAUCUGUUUGUUUACAGGCAGAAUGGUGAUUAACACCUGUUUUGACUAUUCCCAUCUGUUUUGGACUGAUCCCAUAUGCAACGGGACAAUGGGACAGGUCAAUUUUACAGAAAAUUGAUUUCUAACAAAGAGACCAUUCAUGUUCUUUAUCAACACAGACUUUGUGGAAAGGAUAUUACGAGGAGAUACAUUUUUAAUCUCAGUCCAUUGUGGUAGGUUUAAAAACCUUAGGACUUGAACUUGAUCAUCUGUAUCAGAACAGUUUUGUAGUCCUUGAGCUAUUUGUCAAUCCAGUUUGUGCUUUUAGAUAAACUAUUCUGAUGAUACUUCUUCAGCUGUGAUUGGAAAAUUUUCUGCUUGCAGAAUACCAUAAGGAUGGACCAUAGGGAAUAUAGCUGUGGGAAGGAACUAGUUAAUAGAAGUAUUUUGUAACAUGCAUUUUAACUGCACAGGACAAGGUGAAGAAGCUCAGAGAAAUGUUUUGACAGAAAAGUAUUAGAGCAAGUCAUUAUGUGGAGAAUCUUUUUCUUUCAACUUGUCUAACAGGAAAGGCUACUGCUGUCUGAUGCAAAAACUAUUUGAAAAAUGUGAUUUUUACGUGGUAUCCAAUUCCAUUUUUGUGAUAUGUAUUGUUAAAUGCUGUUCGGUUUCUGAGGUGGAUGGUAACUUUUCUGUAUCUUCUGUGUUUAUAUGAGAAAAUUCAUGGUAAGUUGCUGUAGAACAGAUUCUGGAGUGGCAGAGAUUAUGCUGAAGGUGAAAUUGCUUCAGUCCCAGCCAGUGCACUUUUGAAGGUGUGUGGCUGGAAGCCAGUGCAGUAAAUGUCUGGGAAAGCACACAGUGAGUUGCAAGGCCAAAACAGUAGGUACAUGACUAUCCUGGGUAAUAUUUUCAAAACUGUGAUUAUGUUACUGCUAGAGCACAGAUACUCUCUUUCUUCUUCCCUUACCUCACAGGUGAUAUUAAGAGUCUAAUGGAUUUUGUUUCAAGCCACUGAGACGUAUUUCUGCUGUUUGCAAGCUUUGACGUUCACUUCCCAGUUUUUCUGUCAUGCCCUUGAGGCAGCAGCAGGAGGGAAAAAGGCAAUAAGGAAAAGUACCAACCUUCAGAAGGCAUAAUUUUACAUGUAAUCUUCUUGCUCUGUCUUUGAUAUUGUAUGACCAUCUCCACACAUUCAUUUUGCAUGUCUGAUAAUGCAUUUGUGUGCAUUAAGAAGUGUAUGAUCAGCAGGUCAAGGGAGGUGAUCCUCCCCUUUUUAUUCUCUGUCCUGGUGUGUCAUCUGGAAUACUAUGUCCAGUAGGGAAUUUCUAGAGAGAGUUCAGGAGAGGGUUACAAAGAUGAGUUGGAGCCUGGAACUGAGAGACUCAGGACUGUUCAGCCUGCAGAAGAGGAUGGAAGACUUACUGUGAAGGGCAACAUAGCACUGGAACAAGCUGUCCAAAGAAUCUGUGGAGUCCCCUCUGGAGAUACAUAAGACACUCCUGGAAGCUUUCCUGUGCAACCUACUGUAGGGAACAGUGUUUUAGCAGGAGAGUUGCACUCAGUGAUCUCCAGAGGUCCCUCCCAACCCCUAUGAUUCUAUCAUUUCUGCUUAGUCUGGAAACCAGGGAAUACAGAAUAAGACUGCUACUGUGUCAAAGCAACCAUAAACAAAAAAGAAAAGGAGGGAAGGGAAGGGCAAGGAGGAGGGUAAGGGGGAGGGAAAGGGGAAUGGGAAGGGGAAGGGACAUCUUCUAUAGUUACUGUUUAGGUCCUAGUAAACCUGAAAGAUGGAAAGGAAAAAAGACAGUCCUGCAAGGAAUAGUGUGUGUGUUGGAUUUUGCUGUGACAUCAUUGUACAGAAUUGUGAUGAAGUAAAGUCAUGCACUCUGUUAGAGCAUCACAAUGCCCAAGCAGUAAUUGCAGUUGAUAACUUACGACAUUACAGUAAGACAGGUUUGUUAGAAUGAUUGGUAGUAUAUCUGUAGCAGUAGAUGUAAGUAUGAGUGGUAAUCUUUCUCCUGAAAUUACUAUAUAUAUUCACCAAAAUGAGUACCCUGACCUAUUUUUCCUGUCUGCUAUGGAAUAUCUGCAAGUUGGGUCUAUGUCAAAAUAUGCAAAAUAUUGAUUUAUUUAUUUUUUAUGUUACCAAAGUUUAAGUAGAAAAGAGAUUAGAAAAAAAUCUUAAAGCUUGUUUUGUGUUUCAGCACUCAGAAAAUGCCUGAUUUCAUAGGGUUUCCUUAAAUGUUUGCAUAUGUGUUUGUAUUUAGAAAUGCCUCUACAGAUUCAGAGUGUAUCUGAGGGAAAAGGUUUCUGCUAUGAAAUGUUCUGGAGCAUCAGAUGUAAAAAUCUAUGUCAUAAUUCACAAUGCAUGUAUCUUAUCCACUCUUUUCACCUUGUUUUUUGUAACUUACAUUGUGUAUGUGAUGUACUUUCUGAGUAAACAUCUCUGAUAAAUCAGAACUCAGUAAGAGAGCCUAGAAUACGUAAUUUGUUUGUUUGGAAAUAUGCUUGUCAUGUUGUUAAUAAAAAUACUUUUUCUUAA